AUGAAGACCACCAUCCUGCUUAUGUUCCUGUGGGGACUUUCCUGCGCUCUGCCAGUAGCCAGGUAUCAAAAUACUGAAUCCAAGAGCUCUGAAGAAUGGAAGAGUCAUUUGGCUCAGACACCAACACCACCUUUGGAGAGCAGUGAGUCAUCAGAAGAAAGUAAACUUAGCUCAGAGGAACAGGCAAAUGAAGACCCCAGUGACAGCACAGAAUCUGAGGAGGUCCUGGGCCCUGAUGGUCAGCAACACGUUCAUAGACCAGCUGGUGGCUUCUCUCGGAGGGGAGGAAGCGAAGGCGAUAAUAAAGAUGAUGAUGAAGACGAGAGUGGAGAUGACACCUUUGGGGAUGAUGACGGUGGCCCAGGACCCGAACAGAGACGAUCAGGAGGGGACUCCAGGCUUGGAAGCGAUGAAGACUCGGCUGACACCACACGAUCCAGGGAAGACAGCGCCCCACAAGGGGAUGAGGGGGCCCACGAUACCACCAGCGAGAGCAGGGACCUGGACCGGGAGGAUGAGGGGAACAGCAGGCCCGAGGGCGGUGACUCCACUCCAGACAGCGAGAGUGAGGAGCACUGGGUGGGAGGCGGCAGUGAGGGGGACAGCAGCCACGGGGAUGGCUCUGAGUUCGACGAUGAAGGGAUGCAGAGCGAUGACCCGGGCGCCUACAGGAGCGAGAGGGGCAACUCCCGAAUAAGUGGUGCCGGCCUCGAGUCAAGAGCAUCGAAAGGGGACGAUGAGGAGCAGGCAAGCACCCAGGAUUCCCAUGAGCGCCCAGCAGCCGCGUAUCCCCGCAGGAAGUUCUUCAGGAAGUCCCGCCUUCCUGAGGAAGAUGGCAGAGGGGAGCUUGACGAUAGCCGCACGACGGAAGUCAUGAGUGACUCCACUGAAAACCCCGACUCCAAAGAAGCCGGCCUCGGCCAAUCCAGGGAACACGGCAAGAGUGAGUCUCGACAAGAGAGUGAGGAGAACCGGUCCCCGGAAGACAGUCAGGAUGUCCAAGACCCCAGCAGCGAGUCUAGUCAAGAGGUCGACCUGCCUUCUCAAGAACACAGUAGCGAAUCUCAGGAAGAGGCGCUCCAGGAGUCCAGGGGUGACAACCCCAACAACGCCACCAGUCACUCCAGAGAACAUGAGGCAGAUAGCGAGUCCAGUGAGGAGGGCGUGUUGGAUAAGCCCUCCGAUUCAGAGAGCACAUCCACAGAGGAACAGGCUGACAGCGAAUCCGACGAGAGCCUCAGGUCCUCGGAGGAGAGCCCUGAGUCCACUGCAGAGCAGAACAGUUCCAGCCAGGAGGGCGCCCAGACCCAGAGCCGGAGCCAGGAGAGCCCGUCUGAGGAGGACGAUGGUAGCGAUUCCCAGGACAGCAGCAGAUCGAAAGAAGACAGCAACUCGACCGAGAGCGUGUCAAGCAGCGAGGAAGAGGCCCUAGCCCAAAACACUGAGGUAGAAAGCAGAAAAUUAACAGUCGAUGCUUACCACAACAAACCCAUCGGAGAUCAGGAUGACAAUGACUGCCAAGAUGGCUACUAG